AUGAAGGGUAUGCAGUUUUUGGCAGGACUUUUACUCCUCGUCAUUGUACAGAGUAGUUGGCAAUUUCCAACCCAGGACACCGAAGAAAAUUCCAGUUUGGUGUUAGAAGACAACCUUUUUAACCACCCACCUAGCAUCAAGAGGCACUCAGAGGGAACAUUCUCAAACGAUUACAGCAAAUAUCUGGAGACCAGAAGAGCCCAGGACUUCAUACAGUGGUUGAUGAACUCAAAGAGAAGUGGUUCCCCAUCAAGACGGCAUGCAGAUGGCACGUACACCAGUGAUGUAAGCUCAUACCUGCAGAACCAGGCAGCCAGAGAGUUUGUAUCCUGGCUAAAAAUGGCAAGAGGAAGAAGAGAGUAAAGACAUCGAGAAAUAUAAAUAUUUAAAUCCUUUUAUGCUGGAAACAUAAAACAAAAGACUCUUUCUGCUCCCCUGUCUGACCUUUCUAUCCUCAUACCAACAUAUCACAUUUUAUAAAGAACCGUGCUGUCAUUUCUUUAAAACAACA